CGGGGUCCCUGGGUAUCGGGGUGGGGGAUCAGAGUGGAGGGGCUGGCCCUGAGUGUGUGUAAGCGGGGAACAGAAGGGUAGGGGCCCGGGCAGAGGUCUGGCGCUGGCCCUGAGGAAAUGGCCUUGUCCCAGGGGCUGCUGCUGUGGCUGCUGCUGAGCGUGAGUGGGGUGCGGGCAUCCAGGGGGCCACUGCGGCCACUGUGCCGGCCCGUCAAUGCCACGCUGGCUGCCGAGAACGAGGCCUGUCCGGUCUGCAUCACCUUCACCACCAGCAUCUGCGCCGGCUACUGCCCCAGCAUGGUGCGGGUGCUGCCAGCCCCUCUGCCGCCUGUGCCCCAGCCGGUGUGCACCUACCGUGAGCUGAGCUUUGCCUCCAUCCGGCUCCCCGGCUGCCCGCCUGGUGUGGACCCGAUGGUGUCCUUCCCUGUGGCCCUCAGCUGUCGCUGUGGGCCCUGCCGCCUCAGCAGCUCCGACUGUGGGGGUCCCAGAGCCCAACCCUUGGCCUGUGACCGCCCCCCCUUCCCAGACCUCCUCUUCCUCUAAGGAUCCCCCCCAACCUCACCCUCCCAUGCCCAUCCCCACCGCCACCCCCGGAGCCAGCAGCUGCUCCUCUCCUCCAAUAAAGGCU